AUGACACACACACCUGAUAGUCCCUCUGGUGGCUCGCGGCCGAGCACGAACCCGUCUCGGAUGGUCUCGGUCAACAUCUCGGAGCCUGCUCAGGACAGCGGCUCCAGGCGCUUUCAACUCCAAAUGAGCGAAUGCGUCGAGACGAGGACUGUGACGACGACUACUCGUCUCACCCGCAAGUUCCCUCAAGUCUUUGACGCCAACCCUACUCCUCUCGCGAGCCUUGACGAAAAGGAAUUUCCUCUGGCCAUGAAACCCACUCCUCCCGAACUCUUGGCCUUCAGUUACAGCAUUGCUGCUCGCGAGGAGACGGACGCUGAGAAGAAAUCUCCCCAGCCGAAAGUCGAACAACUGCCAGCCGCACCCGACACGCCUCUUGCUGUCAAGGUGGAACAGCACGAAAGCCCGUCCUUCGGCCGCCUGUCUCGCCGGCCCUCUCGGUCCCCGUCCACCGCUUAUCCCCGACACUCACGUCAGACUCGAUCUGCCGUCGCCAGUGCAUCGGCUCCUACUAGUGCCGAAUCACUGUUCUGGACACGCGACCGAGGCACGCACACCAAGAGCCCUACUGAAAAGCUCAGGAGAAGCAUCGCCAACGACCCGGCCAAUACAGCGGAUGGCGGGAGCAGUCGACGGGAGUCGUUACGCCAGCAGCGAAACACUCCUGGAGUUCCCACAACCCCGAGCACGUCGGAGACGAUCGACUGUACUACAGGCCAGGCGCCAGCUUCUAGGCCGCGAGCCCUACAACUAGCGGCUUCUCGAGAUACAGCCGACCAGCGGCCGACCGGCCAGCCCGACGCUGCAGUCCCCAACGGCGCCACAAGCCCGGUCGAGAGUGAUUCCCAAAUAAUCUUUGGAAGUAACGUGGCUACGCCCCCAAUUACGGACACGGACGCCGAGCCCUUUGCAGACGGUGGAGAGUCGACUCGUCCAUCUGCGCGUUCCCUGCUGCAGACCUCGCGGGGCAGCGUCGACGCCUCGGCUGGCCAGGAUGUCAGCCUUCCUAGUCCCAGGCUUUCCCCAACCUUGGCUGCUGCUCGCCUCCACGACGCCGAUCCGGAAGGCGGGCGUGACAGUGGCCCUUCCAACUUCGACGCCAACACCUCGAGUCUUGCCGCCUGGGCGGAUGAGACGCAAGGGUCCGAGGGUGAUUCACUUGCCUUGGCUCUAGCCGGUACACAUAAUGGUGAAUCACGGUCCUUGGUUCGAGGCGAUAACGGCAAUUUCUCCUUUGUCGAACCCAGCAUGUUCCUGGACGCAUUCGAUUCUAUGAAGACUGAGAUGAAGUCGUACAUGAUGUAUCAACUUCUACGUCGCUGCGCCCGCCCAACACUGCGCGUCGUGGCUAAUGCGGUCAACCCGACUCUGAAGUGUGACUUCUUCUCCCACUUGCCUCUAGAGCUCAGCUACCACAUCCUCUCCUACCUUAACCACCGGGACCUUUGCCGCGCCGCACAGGUGUCCAAGCAUUGGCGGAACAUUGUCAACUGCAACGAGACUGGCUGGAAAGAGCUGUUUGACCGAGAUGGAUUCGUCCUGCCUCCGGGCGAGCUGUCCAAGGCCAUAUCUCAGGGAUGGGGCUGGCAAGACCCCGAAGGCGCGAACGGGUUCGAGCGAGAUCUGAGCAUGCACAACCGACUGACGCUGUCAGAGUAUGAGCUGACGCGGUCCCUUAAGCUAAAGCACAGCACCAGUCCGACAUCCAAGCCGAGGACCUCGAAGAGGAAGCGCAGCCUCAAUCCUUACCUGACAUCUGAGAGGUCAAAACGCCGAGUCAGCACGCAUGGCUCGCUAGUGCCGCAGGAUGACCGAGAGCAAAUCGAUCUGAGGCAGCACAAGAGUGCGGGACCCAUCUCGGCCGCGUGCUCAGCAGCAGCAGUGGUGCCGGAUCCUCAUAUCGGCCUGCCCACCCUGCGACAGCUGCACCUGUUCAAGUCGCUGUACAGGCGUCACUACAUGAUGCAGCAGAGCUGGACGAGCGGUAAGGUCAAGCCGUCGCACGUCGCCUUUGCGGCCCACCCUAAUCACGUCAUCACUUGCCUGCAGUUCGAUGAAGACAAGAUCAUCACGGGUAGCGACGACACUUUUAUCCACGUCUACGACACCAAGACCGGCAAGCUACGCAAGAAGCUUGUCGGGCACGAGGGUGGUGUGUGGGCGCUGCAGUACGAAGGCAACAUCCUCGUCUCAGGAUCCACCGACCGGUCGGUUCGCGUGUGGGACAUUGAGGCGGGCAUCUGUCAGCAGGUAUUCUACGGCCACACUAGCACUGUCCGUUGCCUCCAGAUCCUCUCGCCUACCCAGACGGGAACGACGCCGGACGGGCAGGCCAUCAUGCAGCCGGAGAAGCCGCUGAUCAUCACGGGUUCCCGGGACAGCCAGCUGCGGGUGUGGAGACUCCCCGAGGUGGGGUCCAAGCGGUACAUCCAGAACUCGCUCCCCACGCAGGAGUCGGAGUGCCCUUACUUUAUCCGGGCGCUGUCAGGCCACACGCACUCGGUGCGGGCCAUCUCUGCGUACGGCGACACGCUGGUGAGCGGGUCGUACGACAGCGUGGUGCGGGUGUGGCGCAUCAGCACGGGCGAGUGCCUGCACGUGCUCCACGGGCACUCGCAAAAGGUUUACUCGGUGGUGCUGGACCACGAGCGCAACCGGUGCAUCUCGGGCUCGAUGGACUCGCUCGUCAAGAUCUGGGACCUGGCCACGGGCGCGUGCCUGCACACGCUCGAGGGCCACAGCCUCCUCGUGGGCCUCCUGGACCUGAACGACGGCCGGCUGGUGUCGGCAGCGGCGGACUCGACGCUGCGGAUCUGGGACCCGGAGACGGGCCGGUGCAAGAACACGCUGAUGGCGCACACGGGGGCCAUCACGUGCUUCCAGCAUGACGGGCAGAAGGUGAUCAGCGGUAGCGAGAAGACUGUCAAGAUGUGGGACAUCCAGACGGGCGAGUGCGUGCAGGAUCUCCUGACGGAUCUCACUGGCGUGUGGCAGGUCAAGUUUGACGGUCGACGCUGCGUGGCUGCCGUCCAGAGGGACCAGAUGACAUAUGUCGAGAUUCUCGACUUUGGUGCCGUUCGCGACGGUAAACCCCCAGAAGAGCUAGGUCGACGAAUCCUCCUCAACGAGGAUGAAGCUCAAGCCAUGCUGGAAGAAGACCAGUAA